AUGAGCCUGAAAAUUAAUGAUGAAUUGAACAAGGAGUGCUCAGAGAGUAACGCCACAGAGGGAAAACCGGAUGAAGCAGCAAAUAAAGUCAUUGAUGAAGUCGAAGAUCAAGUCAAAGAAAAAGGUAAAGUGAAAGAAAAAGUCAAAAGUAAAGGUAAAGACAAAGUCAAGGAGAAAGUCAAGAAAGCAGAUGGCAAAUCAGAGAAUCGAUCAAAGGGUGCCUUUGGAAGCCUUUUUGGCAAGAAAGUCGCAGCGGCUGCAGAGGAAGCGAUUGGUGAUUUGGACAAGUCGAUUGCAACAAACGGAGAAGACCUGCCUGGCAUCGAUGAAAUAAUCAAAGAUCCAACAAACUUGGAAGUUUGGGUCGAUGGAGUAUCACAAGUCGUUGAUGGAUCGAUCGACCAAAAGGAAACUGAAUCCACGACUGAGUCAGAAGAAGAAGCAAAGGGUACGUUACCAGAAACGAAAAAGAGCAAGAAAAUGAGCCUAGGAAUGAGCCUGAAAAAGAGAAAGAAAAAGCCGGAUUUGGAUUCGAAUCCACAAGACGAUGGGAAAGAAGACGAAUUGCCCAGCAAAGAUUGUCUGGAGAGUGAAACCACAGAGGAAAAACCGGAUGAAGCAGCGGAUGAAGUCACUGAUGAAGUAGAAGAUAAAGUCAAAGAAAAAGUACAGCACGACGAACUAAAGCGGCCCAAAAAAUUAUUGACGAAUCGAAGAACAAGGAGGAGAAAGUCAGACAGUCACAACGACAAAGAAAAAGGAAAUGAUGAAGAUGAAGAAAACAGCAACGAAAACAGCAAUACCAUAUUAUCGUCACCUGAUGGUCUUGAUGAACAUCAUCAACAAUCUGAUGAGUCUGAUUCAUCCAAUUCAGGUAUUGACAUAUUAAAUAUGGUUGCUUAA